UGUUUGGAGUUUGGUUUCCAGGUUGGUGUGUUUGAGGUAACGGGAGGAGACACGGCUGGACCAUGUCGGCCUUCGAGAAGCCUCAGAUCAUCGCCCAUAUCCAGAAAAGCCUCAACUACACGGUGUUUGACUGUAAGUGGGUGCCCUGCAGCGCCAAGUUCGUGACCAUGGGCAACUUCGCGCGGGGCACCGGCGUCAUUCAGCUGUACGAGAUCCAGCAUGGGGACCUGAAGCUGCUCCGGGAGAUUGAGAAAGCCAAACCCAUUAAAUGUGGAACAUUUGGUGCAGCAUCUUUACAGCAGAGACAUUUAGCAACUGGAGACUUUGGAGGAAACCUUCAUAUAUGGAAUCUGGAAGCCCCAGAAAUGCCAGUGUAUUCUGUGAAGGGCCAUAAAGAAAUCAUCAACACCAUUGACGGCAUAGGUGGCCUGGGAGUCGGGGAAGGAGCCCCUGAAAUUGUGACUGGCAGUCGAGACGGAACUGUGAAGGUGUGGGACCCAAGGCAAAAAGAUGACCCUGUGGCCAAUAUGGAGCCGGUACAAGGAGAAAAUAAGAGAGACUGCUGGACUGUAGCGUUUGGCAAUUCUUAUAAUCAGGAGGAACGUGUGGUUUGUGCUGGCUAUGACAAUGGGGAUAUCAAACUCUUUGAUCUCAGGAAUAUGUCUCUGAGGUGGGAGACGAACAUCAAAAAUGGGGUGUGUAGCUUGGAGUUUGACAGAAAAGACAUAAGUAUGAAUAAGUUAGUAGCUACAUCUCUGGAAGGAAAAUUCCAUGUUUUUGACAUGAGAACACAGCAUCCAACCAAAGGUUUCGCCUCUGUUUCAGAAAAGGCCCACAAAUCGACCGUGUGGCAGGUACGACACCUGCCACAGAACAGAGAGCUCUUCCUGACCGCGGGAGGUGCUGGCGGCCUUCACCUCUGGAAGUACGAGUAUCCUGUUCACCGGUCGAAGAAAGAUUCCGAGGGCGUGGAGAUGGGAGUUGCGGGCUCCGUCAGCCUUCUGCAGAAUGUGACGUUGUCCACCCAGCCCAUCUCCAGCCUAGACUGGAGUCCGGAUAAAAGGGGCCUCUGCGUCUGUAGUUCAUUUGACCAAAUGGUGAGAGUAUUGAUUGUUACAAAGCUCAACACACUCUGAAGACUCUGGACUUGAAGCCUUCUGAGGGACACUCACAGUGUAACACAUGCUGGGAGCCCCUGAGCCUCAGCAGCCAGGUUUGGGCUUGGCUGAUGAGCAGAGGCCCCAGAUGCAAACCUCUGGCAGGCCAUCCGCCAGCCGGACCCUAGGGGUGUCAUGACCGAGUGGCACACUGGCUUGCUACUGUGCACAGGGAUGCCACCCUCACUCGUUUCCAAUAUAAAGUCAAUAAUACUCAGU